AUGCCUACUGUUCAAGUGACUAGUGAACCUUAUUCAAGCCAAGCGAUGGAAAUUCCAUCUGCACUAUUGGUCGAGAGACAUUCUCUCUUUGCAUUAGUUCUAUGGGGUCCAUCGAACUUGAAUACUAGGCGUGGAAAAUGUCAAAUAAGUGUUCCUCGUCCGUCAACUCAACAACUAAGGCAAUCUCCUCACACUAAUCCGCCACCGCAACAAGCUCAUGGUGGCAAUGCACUUCAGCAGCAAGAGCAAGUGCUGCUUCCACACGCACCUCCAGUGCGGCCUCAAGGACAAGGACCACCGCAACAAGCUCAUGGUGGCAAUGUACUUCAGCAGCAAGAGCAAGUGCUGCUUCCACCCGCACCUCCAGUGCGGCCUCAAGGACAAGGACCACCGCAACGAUCUCAUGGUGGCAAUGCACUUCAGCUGCAAGAGCAAGUGCUGCUUCCACUGCCACCUCCAGUGCGGCCUCAAGGACAAGGGCCACCGCAACAAGAUCAUGGUGGCAAUGCACUUCAACAGCAAGAGCAAGUGCAACUUCCACCGCCGCCUCCCGUGCAGCCUCAAGGACAAGGACCACCGCAACAAGAUAAUGGUGACAAUGCACCUUAG